AUGGUGACGGAUCAACAGAUCCGGGCAGCUGAGGCGAUGUCCAGAGCGUCGGGAGUGCCCAGUUCCAGCGCCUCCUCGGGGUCCAAGACCCGCACCCGCUACCGCACCAAGGCCGUGAGCUCCGAGGUGGAUGAGAGCCUCUUUGGGGGCGCCGAGCCCAUCCACCGGUCCCGCGCCCACAGCCCCAUCGUGCUCCUGAGAGACCAGCGGGCCAUACGCAAGACGACCUCCGCACUGGGUUGGGGUCGCAAACCGGACACAAUCCGGCUCAUCACCCGGGACCUGGUCCGAGACCUCGUGAUCCCGGUGGAGGAUCCCUCCGGGGAGUCCCUCAUCAUCAGCCCCGAGGACUUCCAGAGGAUCAAGUCGUCGGCCCGAGUCCUGACCAAGGAGGAGAGGGAAGCUGGGCUCCAGGCCUACAAGGCUGAGAAGGACAAAAUCUUGGUCGGGAUGGCGCAGCGCAAGCAGGAGAUGAAGCAGAAUGAUGUGAUGCGGAGGAAAAACGAGAAACUCAGCGACCUGGAGGAGGCGGCCAGGAAGCAGGCCCAGAGCCUCCUGGAGCGGGCCCGAAAGCUGCACCUGGACCAGGAGGAUGAGCUCAAGGAGAUGAACCAGAUCAUCCUGAAUGCCAAGUGCCACGCCAUCCGUGAUGCCCAGAUACUGGAGAAGCAGAUAAUCGGCAAGGAGAUGGACGCCGAGGAGAAGCGUCUGGACCGGAUGAUGGAGGUGGAGCGGCAGAAGGCCAUGCAGCGGCAGGACGAGCUGGACAGGAGGAGGAAGGAGGAGCAAAUCCGCGGGCAGCGGCUGAUCGUGGCACAGAUAGAGAAGAAGUUGGAGGAGCGGUCGCUGCAAAGCGAGCAGCGGGAGCAGGAGGCGCAGAGGGUCCUCCAGUACCUGGACCGGCUGCAGGAGGAGGACAUGCAGGACCUGGAGCGUCGCAGGGUGGAGCAAGCGAAGAUCCAGGCCGAGAUCAUGCGCUGCAACGAGGCCAACCGGCAGCGGCAGGAGGAGAUCCUGGAGCAGGAGCGGCUGGCCGACCAGCGGGCCCAGGAGUACACCCAGAGGAAGAUGGCCCGAGAAGCAGAAUUCGAGGCUGAGCAGGCGAAGAUCCGGAAGGAGAAGGAGAUGGAGACAGCGCGGCUCCUGGCGCUGCAGGAGAAGGCUCAGGACACUCAAGCAGAACAGGAUGCGGUACGGGCCCGGCACAUCCAGGAGAUGAUGGAGCGCGCCUGGCGCCAGAAGGAGGUGGAAGAGGCGCAACGCAAGACGGAGGCCAACGCGCAACUGCAGCGCAGCCGGCUGCAGCAGGUGGCCCAGAAGGAGCACGCCUUGGCCGUGCAGGUGCAGAGAGACCGCGAUGAGUUUGAGCGGGUCCUGGGGGCCCAGCGGCAGCAGAUAGAGAAGGAGCGGAAGGAGGCGGAGCGGCGGGCCGCGUCGCGGCGGGCCCACGCGGAGGAGCUGCGGCGCCAGGUGCGGGAGCACCAGCAGCAGCAGGUGCAGGAGCGCAGUGCCACCUUCGAGGAGGGAAGGAGGCUCCAGGAGGAGGCGGCCCAGAGGCGGGAGCGCAUGAACACGCUCAAGCAGAAGAAACUGGAAGAGCUGAGGGCGGCCGGUCUCCCGGAGAAAUACUGCGUGGAAGUGGAGCGCAAAGCCAUAAUCCUGCCCUCCCUGGUGCGCUGAGCCGAUCCAUCUCCCCACCCCGGCCCCGAACCCCCCCGUGCC